AUGCCAGCUCCACACGGUGGUAAACUCCAAGAUUUGCUCGCUCGCGAUGCUCCAAUCAAGGCACAAUUGGUGCAAGAAGCAUCUGAAAUUCCUCUGCAAUGGAAUUUGACGGAAAGACAAAUCUGCGAUUUGGAAUUGAUUCAAAAUGGUGGGUUUUCUCCAUUAUCAGGAUUCUUGAACAAGAAGGACUACGAAGGUGUUGUUCAUGACUCUAGAUUAAGCAAUGGUUUGAUCUGGACAAUGCCAAUUACUUUGGACGUUGACGAAAAAUUCGCUUCAAAACUGCAACCGGAGACCAAAGUGACUUUGUUGCAGGACAACGAAAUUCCCGUCGCUAUUCUUACUGUCACUGACGUCUACAAGCCAGACAAGAAAGUUGAAGCCAAACAAGUUUUCAGAGGCGAUCCUGAACACCCAGCAGUGAAAUAUUUGUACGAAACUGCAGGCGAGUUCUACGUUGGUGGUGAGAUCCAGGCGAUCCAAACGCCAGUGCAUUACGAUUAUCCAGGGUUGCGUAAGACGCCCGCACAAUUGAGACUGGAAUUCCAGUCCAAGGACUGGGACCGUAUUGUUGCUUUCCAAACCCGUAAUCCAAUGCACAGAGCUCACAGAGAGCUCACGGUCAGAGCCGCCAGAGAACAGAACGCUAAAGUCUUGAUCCAUCCAGUGGUCGGGCUAACCAAGCCAGGCGACAUCGAUCAUCACACCCGUGUGCGUGUUUACCAGGAAAUCAUCAAGAGAUAUCCAAACGGUAUGGCCCAGCUGUCGUUGCUGCCUCUAGCCAUGCGUAUGGGUGGUGAUCGUGAAGCGGUGUGGCACGCUAUCAUCAGAAAAAACUACGGUGCCACUCAUUUCAUUGUUGGUAGAGACCACGCUGGUCCUGGUAAAAACUCUGCAAAUGUAGACUUCUACGGCCCCUACGACGCCCAAGAGCUCGUCGAGUCUUACAAAAACGAAUUGGACAUCGAAGUUGUCCCAUUCAGAAUGGUCACUUACCUGCCAGAAGAAGAACGUUACGCCCCAAUUGAUCAAAUUGAUCUCUCCAAGACCUCUACUUUGAACAUUAGCGGUACCGAAUUGAGAAAUCGCUUGAGAACCGGUGGUCCCAUCCCAGAAUGGUUUUCGUACCCAGAAGUGGUCAAAAUUCUUAGAGAGUCUAACCCACCAAGACCAAAGCAAGGUUUCGCCAUCGUGUUGUCCAACGCAUUGGCCAACAACAAACAGCUCUCCAUUGCUCUGCUGUCCACUUUCUUGCAGUUUGGUGGGGGCAGACACUACAAAGCUCUAGAUCACAAGAACGACGCUAACGUUUUGGAGCUAGUACCAGAUUUCAUCAAGAGCGGAACUGGAUUGAUUCUUACCGAAUUUGAAAACGUCAAAAGCGUCACCAACGCCUACGUUGUCGGAGCUGACGAGGACGCUAACAUCAAGCUUGACAGUAACGACGAAUCAAUCUUGCACAUUGUGCAAAAGGUUGUGUUGUUCUUGGAAGACAAUGCUUUCUUCCAGUUCUAA